GGCGCGCCUGCGCACGAGGCCGGCGGUGCCCGGAUCCCUCCGCCGGGCGCAGCGCCCGCCCGGAGCGUGUGCGGGGCCGUGCGGGGGCUGCGGGGGCGGCCCGGCCCGGCCCGGCCCGGCAUGGCGGGGCGGCGCUGUGCGGGCGGCACUGCCGCCCUGGCUGAGGCACCGGGAUGCGGCGCGGCGGCCGCGGCCGAGCCGGCCCGGGAGCUGUUCGAGGCCUGCAGGAACGGGGACGUGGAGCGGGUCAAGCGGCUGGUGCGGCCCGAGAACGUGAACAGCCGCGACACGGCGGGCAGGAAGUCCAGCCCGCUGCACUUCGCCGCAGGCUUUGGUCGGAAGGAUGUAGUUGAAUAUUUGCUUCAGAGCGGUGCCAAUGUCCAUGCCCGAGAUGAUGGAGGCCUUAUUCCUCUUCACAAUGCUUGCUCUUUUGGUCAUGCUGAAGUCGUCAAUCUUCUCUUGCGGCACGGUGCAGAUCCUAACGCUCGGGAUAAUUGGAAUUACACUCCUCUUCAUGAAGCUGCCAUUAAGGGCAAGACAGAUGUCUGCAUUGUAUUGUUGCAGCACGGUGCUGAACCAACCAUCCGGAACACAGAUGGAAGAACAGCUUUGGAUUUAGCAGACCCAUCUGCAAAGGCAGUGCUGACUGGUGAAUACAAGAAAGAUGAACUCUUAGAAAGUGCCAGGAGUGGGAAUGAGGAAAAGAUGAUGUCUCUUCUUACACCUUUAAAUGUUAACUGUCAUGCAAGUGAUGGCAGAAAGUCUACUCCAUUACAUUUAGCAGCUGGGUAUAACCGUGUAAAAAUAGUACAGCUCUUACUGCAGCACGGGGCUGACGUACAUGCCAAGGAUAAAGGAGAUCUGGUACCACUUCACAAUGCCUGUUCCUAUGGUCAUUAUGAAGUAACAGAGCUUCUAGUAAAGCAUGGAGCAUGUGUGAAUGCAAUGGAUCUGUGGCAAUUCACCCCUCUGCAUGAAGCAGCUUCUAAGAACAGGGUGGAAGUAUGUUCUCUUUUGUUAAGUUAUGGUGCUGACCCAACACUGUUGAACUGUCACAACAAAAGCACCAUUGAUUUGGCUCCAACACCCCAAUUAAAAGAACGAUUAGCAUAUGAAUUCAAAGGUCACUCACUACUACAGGCUGCAAGAGAGUCAGAUGUAGCUCGUAUAAAGAAACAUCUGUCUUUGGAAACAGUGAACUUCAAGCAUCCUCAGACACAUGAGACAGCACUGCACUGUGCUGCUGCAUCUCCAUAUCCUAAGAGGAAACAAGUAUGUGAACUGCUGCUGAGGAAAGGAGCCAACAUCAAUGAAAAAACAAAAGACUUCUUGACUCCACUGCAUGUGGCAUCAGAAAAGGCUCAUAAUGAUGUUGUUGAAGUAGUUGUGAAACAUGAAGCUAAGGUUAAUGCAUUAGAUAAUCUUGGCCAGACCUCUCUUCAUAGAGCAGCACAUUGUGGUCAUCUUCAGACAUGCAGGUUGCUGCUGAGUUCUGGAUGUGAUCCUUCCAUCGUGUCUCUGCAGGGCUUUACAGCCUUACAAAUGGGGACUGAAAGCGUGCAGCAGCUGCUACAGGAAGGGAUCCCAUUAGGUAAUUCUGAUGCAGAUCGACAGUUGCUGGAGGCUGCAAAGGCUGGAGAUGUGGAUACUGUAAAAAAGCUAUGUACUGUUCAGAGUGUGAACUGCAGAGAUAUUGAGGGCCGUCAGUCUACACCACUUCAUUUUGCAGCUGGAUAUAACAGAGUAUCUGUUGUGGAGUACCUUCUUCAGCAUGGAGCUGAUGUGCAUGCAAAAGAUAAGGGAGGACUUGUCCCGUUACAUAAUGCUUGCUCAUAUGGUCACUAUGAAGUUGCAGAACUGCUGGUUAAACAUGGUGCAGUUGUCAAUGUAGCUGACUUGUGGAAAUUCACUCCCUUGCAUGAAGCUGCAGCAAAAGGAAAAUAUGAGAUUUGCAAACUCCUGUUACAGCAUGGAGCUGACCCUACGAAGAAAAACAGAGAUGGAAAUACUCCUCUAGACCUUGUUAAAGAUGGUGAUACUGAUAUUCAAGACCUACUUAGAGGAGAUGCAGCUCUACUAGAUGCUGCAAAGAAAGGUUGUUUGGCCCGAGUAAAAAAGCUGUGUUCACCUGACAACGUCAACUGCCGGGACACGCAAGGACGACAUUCAACACCACUACAUUUAGCAGCUGGUUACAACAAUUUGGAGGUUGCAGAGUACCUGCUACAGCAUGGAGCAGAUGUGAAUGCACAGGAUAAAGGAGGUUUGAUUCCUCUGCAUAAUGCAGCAUCCUAUGGGCAUGUUGAUGUAGCAGCUUUACUUAUAAAGUAUAAUGCAUGUGUGAAUGCUACGGACAAAUGGGCUUUCACACCUCUCCAUGAAGCAGCCCAGAAAGGAAGGACUCAGCUUUGUGCCUUGUUGCUGGCACAUGGGGCUGAUCCCACUCUGAAAAACCAAGAAGGACAAACGCCGUUGGACCUGGUCACUGCAGAUGAUGUCAGUGCGUUAUUGACAGCGGCAAUGCCUCCUUCUGCCUUACCGACUUGCUACAAACCUCAGGUCAUAAGUGUGUCUCAGGCUACAGGUUCUGCAGCUGAUUCCCUGUCUUCUGUUCCAUCCAGUCCAUCCAGUCUGUCUGCUGCAAGUAGUCUUGACAACUUGUCUGGUAGCUUUUCUGAGCUUCCCUCUGUUGUUGGUACAAACUGUGCAGAGGGAGCUACUGUUCUGGAGAAAAAAGAAGUUGCAGGUGUAGAUUUUAGCAUUAAUCAGUUUGUGCGGAACCUUGGCCUUGAACAUCUAAUUGACAUAUUUGAAAGAGAACAGAUAACAUUGGACGUAUUGGUUGAAAUGGGACACAAAGAAUUGAAGGAAAUUGGAAUUAAUGCAUAUGGCCAUAGGCAUAAAAUCAUCAAGGGAGUUGAAAGACUUAUUUCUGGACAACAAGGACUUAACCCAUACCUGACUCUAAAUACUUCUGGUAGUGGAACUAUUCUCAUUGACCUUUCCACCGAAGAUAAGGAAUUUCAGUCAGUAGAAGAAGAGAUGCAGAGCACUGUCCGGGAGCACAGAGAUGGAGGACAUGCUGGUGGAGUCUUCAAUAGAUACAACAUCUUAAAGAUUCAGAAAGUGUGCAACAAAAAACUGUGGGAAAGAUAUACUCACAGGAGGAAAGAGGUCUCUGAAGAGAAUCAUAACCAUGCUAAUGAAAGGAUGCUGUUUCAUGGCUCCCCAUUUGUGAAUGCAAUCAUUCACAAAGGCUUUGAUGAGAGACAUGCCUAUAUAGGGGGCAUGUUUGGAGCUGGGAUUUAUUUUGCUGAAAAUUCUUCCAAAAGCAAUCAAUAUGUGUAUGGAAUUGGAGGUGGCACUGGAUGUCCAAUUCACAAAGAUAGAUCUUGUUAUGUUUGCCACAGGCAAUUGCUCUUUUGUCGUGUAACAUUGGGCAAGUCUUUCCUGCAGUUCAGUGCUAUGAAAAUGGCUCAUUCUCCCCCAGGACAUCACUCAGUCACUGGGCGACCCAGUGUAAAUGGAUUGGCAUUGGCAGAAUAUGUCAUUUACAGAGGAGAGCAGGCUUAUCCAGAAUACUUGAUUACUUACCAGAUCAUGAAACCUGAAGCCACCACUGAAGCUUAAGACAAGUUAUUUGUGGGAAACCGUCAGACUUUGGAUGAGAAGAUACCAAUGGCUGCUGUCCUGUUAAUUACAAGUUUUUCUUGAAAAACUUCCAUUCACAGGUGUUGUGGUAGCAAAUGUGAACAAAAUAUACUAGUUUUGACUUGAUAAAGCUUUAAUAAUGUACAGUAUGUUUUUCUAAAAUUUCAGAAAUGUCCUCUUUUUCAGCACUUUAACAGAUACCAUUCCAGGCAUAAACUGGGGUUUGGCUGUACUAAAUUAUAAACAAAAUUAUCUUGAAACAAUGGUUUUAUACAAUACUGCAUUCAAAUUUAGCAGAAAUUGUAAUGCUCUAUACAGGAACUCAUUUUACUAAUAUUGUGUUCUUUAAAACACUGCAUUUACACUGAAAACGUUUUCAUUUGUAAAACUGUAAAUAAGAGCUUUUGUACUAGCCUGGUAUUUAUUUACAUUGCUUUGUAAUAUACAUGUUUUAGAACUGCAAUCUUGUACAAAAUGUUCUUUCCAGAUGUUGGUUUGUUCAGCUGUUUUUUCUCAUGCAAGAUAGAUUUGAGAAGCCAAUUUUUUUCAGGUUUUAUCACUUAAUUGUGAGGGAAAAAGCAAAUUUUAUCUGAAGAGGUUUAGAAAUAUCCAACUUUAGAUUGAAUACACAAAUUUUUGUUCUGUAGUUUUAUUUAUGAAAUAUACAUUCCUGAGAGUGAUGGGCUAUGAAAAUAGAAUGUUCCAGAUGAAUACUAAAGUGGUUUUCCACCUACUUCCUAGAGUUGCAUAUUUUAUUCCUGUAAAAUGUCUUUUGAAGUUUUUUAUUUAACUGUAGGCAUAGUUAGCCCGUAUCCUCACUUCAAGGCUAGGAGACCUUGCAAGUUACAGUUUUAGUAAAUUAUUUCCUUUGAAUGUAGAUGGAAAAUUAACCUCAAGGAGUUCUUUCUUGAGUUUCUCUUGCUUACAUUUAAGCCAGGAAGUUAAAUAUUUUAUUCCUAAUAUGAGGACAAACGACUUGGCCUAUUUUGUAUGAUUAUUUGGUAGAUUAAUCUACCUGUCGGUGCCCUGAGAAUAUGAGCAUUGCAAGGCAGAAAUGUUGAAAGCCAUCCUGUCAUCUCCUGUGUCUCUUCCAUGUUAACGUUCAGGCUGUAGUUGGGGCAGGUGUGUAGGGGUGUGUUUAUCUGCUUUCAGCUGAGUGGGGCUGUUUCAGGGGUGUGGUUCUGCUCCCAGCUCGGCCAGCAGGGCGAGAGUGGGUGAGUGGGAUGAGCAGCUCUUCCACAGCAGCAGCUGCCUUUGGUAGCCCUGGUAAGACCUCUGGGACAGAGGAAGAGUGCAAAAGGUACAACCCCCUGUCCAAGUGUCAUUCAGGGUUACUGAAUGCACCCAUCACUUCUGUCAGCAGUAUCACAGCUCUCCUCUGUAUUCUGCUUCUCUUCCAUCUGCAGUUUUUACCUACAUAUUUCAAAAAUGUGUAAAUACAAAUUAUAGUUUACUUGGGGUUAAAGUGGGUAGGAGUAUAUUUUAGUUGUUUAAUAUUUCUACAUACAGAACACUGUCCCAGAAGACAAUUUGUUUGCAGGGCAUGUUAUCAUACCAUGGUUUUAAAUGUAGUAACUGGUCAAGAUAAUGAAAUCCUCUUGCUGAUGUGGUGGUGAUGUGAUUAUGCUCUAUGUAAAAAUGUAUUGAACCUUACCCAGUUAUGUGAGGAAACUGAAUAAUAAGAUUGCAGAAUUCUUGCAGAAAGUAAUAUUGGCUAUGAAUACAAAAGGCUUUGAUUUUUAGGUACUUUCUCCCAGCAUGUUGCCUGUUCCUUAGGUAUAGUAAUGCUGGAAUUGGUGUUCCUGCAAAAUUUGUUAGUUAUGUUAAAAACUUUUUUGUUAUUGCUAAAAUGCUUCAUUCUGUAUGAACGAUCACCUGAUGUCUUGUAAAAUGUUGUGGUAUGAUAGCAUUUUAAGUGGUACCACAAUGUUGGUUUUGUCUGGGGAUUUUUGAGCUGGUUUUUUUUUGCAUGACAUACCUUGCACUCUGAAGAUGGAAGCUGUAAUGAUUUGAUAAUACUGACUAUUGAGGUGAACCUUUAAUCCCUUGUGCGAUUAGUUCUGCUUUACUCAUCUUGAAGUGUCUUUACAUGUACUGUAUGACAUUCCAUAUCCAUAACACUAAAUAAAUUUAAUUCACUGGUUUUCUGGUAGCAUGGGAGUAAUUACAAAUGUAGUGUGUUAACCAAUUGUUUUAAAUGUAAGCAUGCACAGUACUAUAACAAACUACAUCACUGGAGGCGAAAUUAAUUGCAUUAAAUAGAAAAGCUUUUAACGUGGAUGAAAAUCUGUAAAUACUGUGGAAACUUGUAGUUUGAUACAUGGCUAACUAACAGCUUUAGCUAGCAGUGAAAAUGUUUUAAUAAUAAAUCCAAAGGUAAGGUUCAAUUUGUGCACUUAAAACUCAAUUAUAUGGUCCAAAACUGAAAAAGAAAACUCGCUUACAUUGGGUUUGUAAAGUGAAAAGUAACCUAAAAAGUCUUACCUCUCAGAUAACUGCAUGGGUAGCAGUAUGGCACAGGAGCAACAAAAGUAACUACUUAGAUCACUGGUAGUAUUGCAAUAAGUAAAUAAUUUUAUUUUGGUAGGACCAUUUAUAGGAUAGGUUUCCAAAACCAGGCUUGUAUAGAAGACUGAAACGGACGUGAGCACUAGAGGGCAGGAAAGCAAAUGUUUGGUACGAUCAAGGGUAAUGAAAAUCUUUAAAGUAUCUUGGGAUCACAACUUCUAAUAAAAUUGCUCCUGAAAAUUCCACCUAUCUAGGUUUCAAUAAAUUAACUUUCCAUUAUGCAUUAGUGUGGGGGUUUUUUUAAUUAAGUAAUCACUAUAAAAACAACUAAGCAAAUUGAAAAUAUUAGGUCUUUUUCUUAAAAAACUUGCUCAUAUCUUAGACCUUAGUUCUUAGAAAUCAAAAAAUGAUUUUGCCAGACUCUUCUAUUAUAUAUAAUUGAAAAAGUUAAAAUUAUCCAUACAGUGCAUAUUUAAGAGGUAUGUUGGUGCUAAUUUUGAGUGCAAAUGACUAUAAAGGAGUUGCACUGAACUUGCUCGCUAACCAUGCGUGUGUUUAUGUAUGAGUACACACACGCACUUGCUCACUCCCUCACUUCAUUUAUCAAGGAGCUGAGAAAAAGCUUAAAAGUGACUUUUUGAGCAGACCAUCAUUGUCAGUGAGGGUGCUGCAGCCUAGGAGCCAUUUCCCCUUCUGCCCAUCCUGAACUUAACAUAAUAAAACAGAUUUGCUCUAUUGCUGUAAACAACAGAACCCCAGGGGUGAGGUGCCUUCUGCCUUCCAGUUUAAAAAAAAAAAAAAAACAGUAUAAAGCCUUGGUUGGUAUUCAUGUAAAGCAGCAGUUGCAGCAAAGUCUGCUUUCUUGCCUUCAGUGACCUGGCAGUGAGACUGACUGAGCUCUGCUGCUCAGUGGUUCUAGGAGCUGUGCUUUUCCUGCACCCAUGGAAGUUGCAGUAGGAGGUGGAGGUGUUGUCAGCGAGGGAAGUGCCAAAGUUGACGGUGCAGGGGGAGGUGUGUCCUUCUUUUUGCCCCUCUUCAGCAAGCAUAAGCAAUGGUAUUUCUGAGAGUAUCAAGGGGUUUCUUUCCCCUCCCUGUGGCUCACUAGAUCAGAAAAAGCUGCAGGCAGCCAGAACAGAAUGCCAAACAGAAAGAAAAAUGCAUGUAGAUGGCUGGUUUGAAGCUAACAAGUUCUGCCCUAAAAAGAUGCGAGGUUGGUAGCUGAGAGAAGACACAGGAGCGGAGAGAUAGAAAAAGAACUAAUAACCUGCAAAAAAAGAAAGGCAAAUUCUACAAGCGCUAAAAAGUUAUGGUAGGAAUAACUAUUGUAAUUAUUAGUGAUGGCCAAGAUAAUCACGGUACAUAAACUUCCCAACUUAUGUUUGAGUUAAAACAGCAAACAGGCAUUGUGUAGACAUUACAGGGAUUUCAAAACAGCUUCUCCUGAGAAGAACACACAUGUUUAGAAGGAGAAAGUUGCAGCCAAUUCAAAACAUUAAUGUUAGACCUAGGAAAUAAUGUGUGCAAGAAAAGAAAUAGGGUUUACAAACUGAAGGCAAAUGCCCUGUACAAUAGCUCUUCAAAACUUUGGUUUGACACAAACACAUGGAGUUCAGAUCCAUCUCUCCAUCUGUAAUCUUGAUAAAACUGCUAAACUUAUGUUUCAGCUGGGAUAUUAAUGGGUGGCAGUGAAGGGAAUUGGGGUGGUUCCUUACGUGUGCAGUGGCACAGCCAGGGGAACACUUGCUUGCAAAGUUUUUUAAGUUAGAAGCAUGAAGAGUUUUCAUAAGAUCAUGGGAGUAGUAUUUGCCAACCUUAACAUUUAAAAUAAAUGUAAAUUGUUUAAGGAGCAAAAGAAGAUGCACUAGUGCCCAAGAACAUUUGAUUGAGGCCUUUUAUUGUUGGAAAAGCAGCUUCAUGUCAGCUGAUAAUACUGUGCACAGAUCUAGGAUGGUACAUGUGGGAAAGGAUUAAUAUGGAACGGUGAAGCCUGAGAAAUAGACUUGGUAGUAGUCUGGGCUAGAGGUGUAAGGCUUUGUGUUGUUUCGCUGCUCUUUAAAAGGCAACAUUUUCUAACAGUGUGUUUGGAAGCUUAUUUCGCAACAGGACAUUUAUUCAAUUUUGUGAGACAGUGGGCAUCAUAGAUCAGUAGAUGUGCAUAGAAGGAGAAUUUCUUACUAGCUAAUAAAGAAGCAGGUAAAUAAAUUAAGCAAGUAAAUAGGAUUGAUAUGUAAGUAGAACUGAAAUU